AUGGUCAGGCCUUCUGCUGGCGCAGGCGCUCUCACCCACCACCUGCAACGGCCUCAACCUGCUGACGCUUGCCUGGCUCUCCCUGAUGUCACUCCUCCUAUCCAGGUCAUCAUCACAAGGGCCUUCCUUCAUGUUCUGGAGUAUGAACGUACCAACAUGACACACUUCCCAGAAGUUGAAGAAGGUGUUGGUCAACUCAUAUCAACCAUGAGAUGUGACAACUCUUGGCGAGCCAGCUGGCCCAGUGGCGGGUCAGUCUUCCACCUGACAGAGCUUAUGGUCCAGGCUGUUCGUUCCAAUUGUACUUUGACAUGCAGCUUCAUCCACGAGGCUGGUGGUCAGUCCUCCCUGUGUACCGAGUCCGGUGUGAGUCCCCUGCACGCUGCGCUGGAGGCUGGUCACUGGAACCUGGCGAGGCAAAUGCUGAAGAACUUGGGAGGUUGCCUGUAUGUAACUGACUUUGGAGGUCGACUGCCCACAACCAUGAUGUCUUCACACCUCCGCCAGCAGCUAGAGCAGAAUAUUUACGACAAGGAAAGGAUACAACUUGAAGACCUACACCUUAAGAUCAAAGACAAAGUAGAGAAACAGCAGGUGCAGGAACUUCUCCGUGUUCAGAAGAACCUCUUCAACACAUACUGGGGCACGAUAACUGGGAACACAGCCACAACCAUAGGUGAAGAGCCGUUCAACAAAGCCAAGGUCCUACUCACAGCGUCUCAAGGUGGGAUGCUGCAGCUGAUCUACCUCCUGGUGAAGGUGGGAGGUGUGGAAGUUGAUACACAAGUGGAUCCUACUAAUGGCACGACUGCCAUUCACCAAGCUGCCUCACAUGGCAAAUCUGGUAGCGUCCUCCUCCUUCUGAGUCUUGGUGCUGACCCGCUACUCGAUGAUCUAUACAAGCAAACAGCUCCACAUUUGGCUGCCAUGUUUGGUCACCAAAAGGCCUUUGAGCUGUUUAGAUAG